AAGCCAAAUCGUUAUCAACUGAGAAAGUCCCUUUUUCACAAGAGAUAUUUUCAGUCGAUAAAUAUCAAUGGAAAUUCUGGAGAAUUUUCCAUAUAUGCGUGUAUUGAUAUUAAUUUUUUGUAGAUCCCAAAGUGAUUUAAACGUGGAACAUAGAAUAAAAGAAGAAAUCGAUAUUGAGGAAGAAGAUUUGAUUCAGAAAGUAAAAUCUGAGAAGGAACUGAGUGAUGAAACUUUCGAGUCCGGCCGAAAUUUCAAAAGCAGCCAACCCGGAGGAAUACAAGAGGAACCCUAUAAGUGUGAAAUUUGUUUCAAAACAUUUCCCUCUGUGCCAAGUCUAAAUAAGCAUUUGGGUACACAUUCUGAAGCGUUUGCAUUUGAAUGUGAAGUUUGCAAAUUAAAAUUUUCCCAAAUUGAGCGUCUACAAAAACACCAAAACACGCAUGCUAAAGAAAAGCUUUACUGCUGUCGAAUUUGUAAUAAAACAUUUUCAUUUUCAUUCCAUUUAACAUCUCAUUUGAAGUCUCAUUCUGACGAUCGUCCGUUUGAGUGUCAUACCUGCGGUGUAACUUACAAGCAUAAACACAAACUAAAGGCCCAUCUAAAUAAGCAUUCAAAAGCAAAACAAUUAAUGUGCCAGCUUUGUAACAAAACAUUUUUCCAUUUGGAUAAUUUACGUCAGCAUCGGCUGUUUCAUUCGGACGAUCGCCCUUAUGACUGUACCAUUUGCGGUUCAAAGUUCAAACUUAAUAGUCAUCUAAAACAGCACAUAAAAACACAUACGAAAGAAGUAAAGUAUGAAUGUGAAAAGUGUGGAAAACUCUUUCCAAGUUUGAGUAAUUUACGCGAGCAUCUGCAAGUGCAUUCAGACGGUGGCCAUUUGCUGAUUCAUUCCGAAAACGGCACUUUUGAAUGUGAAAUUUGCGGUUCAAAAUUUAGGCGCAGAAAUAAUCUAAAGAGGCAUUUGACUGUCCAUACAAAGGCAGAUAACUAUUACUGUAAAACAUGUAGGAAAACCUUCUUAAAUCCUGAAGAUUUACGCGAACAUUUGUACUGUCAUUCAGAGGAGCGCCGUUACGAAUGUGAAAUUUGCAGCUCAAAAUUCAGUCGAAAUGGUACCCUAAAGAGGCAUGUAAAUACACAUAUGAAGGGAGAACACUAUUACUGUAAAACCUGUAAAGAAACAUUUCCACUUCGUGAAGAAUUGCGCGACCAUUUAAUUACUCAUUAGAAUGUUUGCUAUUGAAAAUGUGAACGAAAUUAGCAGUUUCAUCGGGAAUUCAGUUGGACGGUACAAUGUAUGAUAUGUAGUAUUGUAUACUUGACAACAGUAGCGAUUCCAAAGAGGGGCUGAGGCCCAUUUCAAACUCAAAAAUUGUAAUUCACUUUAAUAAUAAAUUUAGAAACUAA